UUCCACACAUCUGCUGCUGCUGCUUCUUCUUCGCUCGCCUUAAUUUCGAACGAAAUUACAAAAAAGGCAAAAAACGAGAGAGAGAUGGCGAGAAGGCCGGACGAGGAAUACGAUUACUUGUUCAAAGUGGUACUAAUCGGCGAUUCUGGCGUUGGGAAAUCGAACCUCCUCUCCCGAUUCACUCGCAACGAGUUCUGUUUGGAGUCUAAGUCCACCAUUGGCGUCGAAUUUGCCACCAGGACUCUCCAGGUUGAGGGGAGAACUGUGAAAGCUCAGAUAUGGGACACAGCAGGACAGGAGCGAUAUAGAGCAAUUACUAGCGCCUACUAUAGAGGCGCCCUUGGAGCUUUACUUGUCUAUGAUGUAACAAAACCAACAACAUUUGAGAACGUAAGCAGGUGGCUGAAGGAAUUGAGAGACCAUGCUGACGCAAACAUUGUGAUCAUGAUGAUCGGGAACAAGACUGAUCUGAAGCAUCUACGUGCAGUUGCCACUGAAGAUGCCCAGGGUUAUGCCGAAAGGGAAGGCCUUUCAUUCAUUGAAACGUCCGCUCUUGAAGCAAUCAACGUGGAGAAGGCUUUCCAGACAAUUCUGGCAGAGAUAUACCGGAUCAUUAGUAAGAAGUCUCUCUCAUCAGGCGAGCCAACAGCUGCAAGCGUCAAAGAAGGGAAGACUAUUGCAGUCACUGGAGGAUCAGAGGUCAAUACAAAGAAGACUUGCUGUUCUUCAGCCUGAGGUUGAUCAAAAUGUGUUUGUCUUUUCAUAUUCCUUGCUGUCGUGGUUAUUGUUUUCAACUUAUUUUUGUUGUUUACUAUGUCAAACUAUAAUUUAUUUGUUCGUUGCCCGGGUUUUUCCUGUAAGGGUUAUAUUUAUGAGAUAUAUAACAGUGAUGAUUAGAUGGAUGAUACACCUAUAAGUAAGAUGAAGCCUCGCAAGUUUUGAAU